UUUACCCGAACUGGUCGGACUGGCCGAGGUGGGAAUAAACCUUACACGCUCCUUUUACGCAAAGAGCGUUUUCGGUGGAACCUGCUCGGCAAGAGGACGGCUGGAGGGCGAUGUGGAAGACCUCUACUUCUACUGUAGCCUGAUAUCCUGUUAUAUUGUUACGGAGAAAUCUCUUUUUUAUUAUUAUUAUUACUGAGGAGAAGACGAGGAUGAUCUUCGCCAACACGGCCAACCCAGUGAGGACACCUUACCGAAAGCAGCCUCCAGUUGCUCCACCCACUCUCCCGAUGGCCCCACCCAGCCCGAGCACCAAUGGCAGCACGAACAACAGCAGCAGUAACAGCAGCACAACCGGAUGGGAGCAGCUCAGCAAAACCAACCUCUACAUCCGCGGGCUACCCCCCUCAACCUCUGACCACGACCUUGUCAAACUUUGUCAGCCGUAUGGGAAGAUUGUUUCCACAAAAGCCAUCUUGGACAAGACCACAAACAAAUGUAAAGGUUACGGCUUUGUGGAUUUUGACAGUCCAGUCUCGGCACAGAAAGCUGUGUCUGCGCUGAAGAGCACUGGCGUUCAGGCCCAGAUGGCCAAGCAACAGGAACAGGAUCCGACCAACCUGUACCUCUCCAACCUGCCCGUGUCCAUGGAUGAGCAGGAGCUGGAGAAUCUCCUCAAGCCCUUUGGACAGGUCAUUUCCACCCGCGUCCUCAGAGACGCGCACGGCAUCAGUCGGGGAGUAGGCUUUGCCAGGAUGGAGUCGACGGAGAAGUGUGACGCCGUCAUCUCUCACUUUAACGGGAAGUUUAUUAAGUCCUCAUCAGGAAUGCUGGGUGUUUCAGGUACAUCGGAACCUCUGCUCUGUAAGUUUGCUGAUGGCGGCCAGAAGAAGCGUCUGAGUCAGACCAAGUACGUCCCCAACGGGCGAACCUGGACCCGGGACGCCGAGGUGAGACUAAGUGGGAUUACAUUGACCUAUGACCCUAAUGCGACGGCCCUCCAGAACGGGUACUACGCCCCUCCCUACAGCAUGGGGAACCGGAUCAUGGCCCAGACAGCCAUGACGCCCUAUAUCGCACCCGUCUCUGCCUAUCCGGUCCAGAACCCCUCCUGGAUGACACAUCAGCCUUAUAUUAUGCAGCACCCGGGAGCUGUGCUGUCGCCCUCUAUGGAGCACACCAUGUCACUGCAGCCGUCCUCCAUGUUGGCUCCUUUGACUCAACAGAUGGGCCAUCUUUCUCUAGGGAGCACUGCAACUUUUAUUCCUGCAAAUACAGCUAUGCAAGGAGCAUAUAUUCCUCAGUACGCACAUAUCCAACCCACGGCCAUUGGCGCUGAGGAUCCCAAUGCUCAGCCCCAGGAUAUGACCUCCACUGAUCCCUCCACUUACCCAUUCCAACCCAGCAAGCAAUAAGAGGGUGUGCAGUCAGAGUUGGGGUCAUGGAGGGCUGCUAUGACUACAGGCUCAGCUUCUUCAGAGAGGAAGUGACAUCAUAGAGAAAAUGACACUUUUGCACAGGUUCCAAAAAAGUCCAUGGUGUAAUUAGCCAAACACAAACCACCUCAGAGGGCCUUGACAGGUGCAACACGUCUUCAGCAACCAAAACAAUGCAAUUCAUCACAGACAACAGACACAGGAGAGAAGUAAAGUUUUAUUUUGCUAAUGAAAGGAAAAGAGACGAAGACAAACGCUUAUUUUUUACCAAGGACUAAGGCACAGACGAAAUCUGUGAUUACAGGACACAAACGCAGUGUGUUAGUACCUUUAGAUGCAUGAGAGGAGUUUUUAGUAUGGUUUUUAGUGUGUUUUUACUGACCGUUUCUGAAACACACACUCACACACACACACAUUUGCUACACACACUCUCCUC